AUGCAAUCUCCUGUAGCCAAGAAUCUGAAAAAAAAUAUUUAUAUUUCAGUUCCACAAUGUAAACACAGAUGGAAAAAAUUAAGGGACAAUUUUCGCAAAGCCGUUAAAGCACGAAAAACAAAGAGUAGGGACGCAGCAAGAAAAAUUAGGCCCUGGAAGCUUGAACAACAGAUGGCCUUUCUUCUCCCACACAUGACCGAGAGACCUAAAACCUCAAACAUACAAGUGAUAGAGGAAGAAACUGAUAAUUCAACUGAAGAAGAGUCCUUCAACACUAGUUCAGCACCGCCCACUCCAUCGACGUCAUCCACUACAACAGCAACAUCAAGGACAAAAAUUCAGAAAUCCCGUCAGGUACCCCAAGCUAAUGUAGCAGAUGUGCUGCAAAACUACCUAAUAAGUAAAGAUACAAGCCAAAAAAAAGAAGAAAACAACUCAAUAAGAAGCUUUUUCAUAAGUAUGUCGGAAGCAACGGAAAAUUUGCCAGCUCAUCUCCAACUAGAGGUGAAAUCAAAACUUUUCACAGCAGUCCAUGAAGCUGAAAAAGCAGCUCUAUUUGAAAGGCAACAUGGACAAUCAACAAUAGUUCAAUAUCCACCCUAUCCAUCACAAACAUCACCAGUCAUAACCCAGCCACUCUAUCCAUACACUCAAUCAUCAUCCUCAUCACCAGGUAAUCAGCCACAGUUCGCACACUUUUCUCACGAUUCUAUUUUACAUAAUCUAGAUAAUCCACAAUAG